CAGUGAUGGUAUGAUAAAAGGUUCCAUCAGUAGGUCGAGGUUUGUGGUUACCAUCUUAUCAUGCUCCAUCAUACUCUUCCCUCCUGGAGGGAUCACUUACGGCUUCAACGUCAUCGAUCCUUAUCUGUACUCUUACAUUGUGUCUUUAGAUAAGGAUCACUCUACAGAUAAAUCACGCCUGUCAUGGGUGUACUCAGCUCUUAUGAUUGGACAAGCUAUUGCAAUGAUAACAGGAGGGCUCUUGUUGAGGAAGUUUUCCACUCGCAACAUUGCAAUUUGUGCUGUUGUGAUGUUUAAUAUCAAUAUCUUGGCCAUGUAUUUUUCUUGUAGAUCAGUAAUGACACUGGCGUUAAGCUAUUUUCUGGCAGGGUUCACUUUAGGACUGAUAUAUGUCACAAGUUUGGUUGUGGGCUUGUCAUGGAUUGAAAAACAAUAUCAUGGUCUGGUCUCUGGAAUUCUUAGUCUGGGCUACGGACUAUCUAGCGUUUUUAUCAGCCCUCUGGAGUCACUCUAUGUCAACCCAAACAAUUUGGACCCCAUCAAGAACCCUAUCGAUGGCGAGUUAAUCUUCAACCAAUCUUUCAUACUGAACAAAGUUCCAAAGAUGUUUGUAAUGUUUGGUAUACUGUCAACAUUGCUUCAGUUUCCUUUAAGCUUUCUCCUUGUCAAAAACCCAACCCCAGACACGAGAAAAGGUGAAGAUGUCAUGCCUUCCAUAAACGGCGAAUCUGUUAAAGACAUGUUCCGUAAACCUAGAUUUUAUCUACUGUUUCUAAUUUUUGCACUGAAUAAAGUGCCUCUAGCUUACAUAGGCUCCUACUCAAAGUUUUAUGGACAGACCUUUCUGCACGACGAUAUGAUCCUCUCUGUAGUGAUAGCACUAUCAGGAAUAUUCAAUGCACUGGGACGUCCUUUCUGGGGACACAUUCACGACAGAUUUGGAGUCAAGGUAUCCUUGUUCAUGCUCUGCCUUGCUACGGGUGUUUGUAUUUUGUUGUCAUAUCUUAGCAAGUUUCUGACGGGACGAACAACGUGUGCAAGUCUAUACACCAUUGCUAUUUGGGCUUCAUACUUCUGUUGCACAGGUAACUAUGGCAUCAUGCCAGCCGCUACCAUCCAAUUCUUUGGCGAGCAAGAUUUCGGAGUGAAAUACGGUAUCUUAUACCUCAGUCAGGCACUUGGUGCUGUUAUAUCUGCCCUGUACACCUCCUUCAUUCCCUUCUGGAUGCCACUUGUCUUGACUAUUGUCUUCACAUCUGUAAUCUCGGGACUUCUUUCUCUGAUGUUGAGAAAGACAGAGACACUGGACGAUCAGGCAAGGGCACUGUUAGAUGAUACUAGCACGGACAGUUUGGUCCCCAGCAGAGAGUUUGAGCUUAAUAGAGAAAACAGAGACACUCUAGAACUUAAGGAACAUAGAGAUGAAAAUGAGUAUUUCGGAACUAAAAUGGCGAGUCUCUGCAUUUGUGGUAAUCCUUUUGCAAACAUUGGUACUGUCAUAAGAGGCUCCAUCAGUCAAGCCUUGCUCGUGGCCAUCAUCGUAUCCUGCUCCGUAAUCCUCUUUCCUCCUGGAGGGAUCACUUAUGGUUUCAACUUCGUCGAUCCUUAUCUGUAUUCUUACAUUGUGUCUAUAGAUAAGGAUCACUCUACAGAUAAAUCACGCCUGUCAUGGGUGUAUGCAGCUCAAAUUACCGGACAAGCUAUUGCAAUGAUUACAGGAGGACUUAUGGUGCGGAAGUUUUCCACUAGCAAUGUUACAAUUUGUGCUGUUGCUUUGUUUAACUUGAACAUCUUUGUCAUGUAUUAUUCGUGUACAUCGGUAAUGUCGCUCAUGGCCAGCUAUUUCAUAGUAGGGUUCACUUCAGGACUGAUAUAUGUCAUGAGUUUAGUUGUGGGCUUAUCGUGGAUUGAAAAACAAUAUCACGGUCUGUUCUCUGGAAUUCUUAGUUUGGGCUAUGGACUAUCUAGCAUUUUUAUUAGCCCUCUGGAGUCACUCUAUGCCAACCCAAACAAUUUGGACCCCAUCAAAAACCCUAUCGAUGGCGAGUUAAUCUUCAACCAAUCUUUCAUACUGAACAAAGUUCCAAACAUGUUUUUAAUGUUUGGUAUACUGUCAACAUUCCUUCAGUUUCCUUUAAGCUUUCUCCUUGUCAGAAACCCAGACACGGGAAAAAGUGAUGGUGCCUCCAUAAACGGAGCAACUGUUAAAGACAUGUUCCGCAGGCCUGGAUUUUAUCUACUGUUUCUGAUUUUUGCACUGAAUAAAGUGCCUUUAGCGUACAUACACUCCUAUGCUAGGGAUUAUGGGAAAACCUUUCUGCACGACGACAAAAUACUGCUCUCUGUAGUGAUAGCACUAUCAGGAAUAUUCAAUGCACUGGGACGUCCUUUCUGGGGACACAUUCACGACAGAUUUGGAGUCAAGGUAUCCUUGUUCAUGCUCUGCCUUGCUACGGGUGUUUGUAUCUUGUUGUCAUAUCUUAGCAAGUUUCUCACGGGACAAACAACGUGUGCAAGUCUAUGCACCAUUGCUGUUUGGGCUUCAUACUUCUGUUGCACAGGUAACUAUGGCAUCAUGCCAGCCGCUACCAUCCGAUACUUUGGCGAGCAAGAUUUCGGAGUGAAAUACGGUAUCUUAUACCUCAGUCAGGCAGUUGGUGCUGUUAUAUCUGCCCUGUACACCUCCUUCAUUCCCUUCUGGAUGCCACUUGUAUUGACUAUUGUCUUCACAUCUGUAAUCUCGGGACUUCUAUCUCUAAUGCUGAGAAAGACAGAGACACUGGACGAUCAGGCAAGGGCACUGUUAGAUGAUAAUAGCCCAAACAGAUUGUUUCCUAUCAGAGACUCCUAUCUCAAUAGAAAAGAUAGAGAAACUCUAGAAUUUAUAGGACUACAAGAUGAAAAUGAGUAGUAUAGUAGUAUGCACAAAUGACGAGAUGAGGAAAUUCAGCUCAGGACCAGGUGGAAAAAUAUU